AUGUCUCUCGGGCGAACAUUCAAGCUAAAUACGGGGUAUGAAAUUCCCGCGGUUGGCCUAGGAACAUGGCAAUCGAAACCAAACGAGGUUAAGCAAGCUGUUGCUGCGGCCCUGAAGGGCGGCUAUCGUCACAUCGACGCCGCCUCGGUCUACGGUAAUGAGCGCGAAGUCGGGGAUGGCAUUAAAGCCUCCGGGGUCCCUCGAGAAGAGAUCUUUCUCACCAGCAAACUAUGGAAUACCGAUCACGACCCAGAGAACGUCGAGGCUGCUGUAGAUCGUUCUUUGAGCGAUUUGCAAACAGACUAUCUUGAUCUUUAUCUGAUCCAUUGGCCAGUUGCGUUCCGUCAUUCAACGACUACCAUUCAGCCGGUAGAUGAGAAGACGGGCCUCAUCGACGUUAUUGACGUUCCGAUCAAAGAUACUUGGGCAGCCUUAGAGGCACUAGUGGCAAAAGGCAAAGUUCGAUCUAUUGGAGUCAGCAACUUUACCAAAGAGAAAAUCGAGGAACUGCUCAAGACAGCCAAGAUACAGCCCGCAGUGAAUCAAAUUGAAGCCCACCCGUACCUUCAACAAAGAGACUUGUUAGAAUGGUCAAAGCAGAAGGGGAUCGUCGUAACAGGAUACUCUCCCCUCGGCAACAACAUCUACAACAUCCCUCGAGCUGUCGACGACCCUCUUGUUAUUGAAACCGCUAAGUCCCUAGGCAAGACCCCCGCGCAGGUCCUUGUCAGCUGGGCCGUACAGCGAGGAACGGUGGUUCUUCCUAAAUCGGUCACCCCGGAGAGAAUCCAAAGUAACUUUGAAGAUUUUAUCCUUCCCGAGGAUGCAUUCAAGGCUGUCCAGUCCUUGGAGAGACAUCAACGCAUGAAUUUCCCGGCUAGGCUUGGCGUCGACAUCUUUGGGGAGGUUGGAGAAGAGAGCGCCAAAAAGAGCGCGCUAGACUGGGCUGAGCAGCAAAAGAAGCUUCGGAACUAG